AGACCAGCCAGAUCCCCGCGGAUUGCGCACACGGCCCGCCCUGCUGGAUGAACGCGGGGGUGUCUGGCGCUUCUUGGGGGCUUUCGUCUGCUGAGCCCAGCAAUGGAGGACGCAGAACUCGGUCAGCAGUUCACUAAAAUCAAAAGUUCCGAAAGGGUCCGGAAGAUUGGCAGAGAAGAAGGCAGCCUGUCCUGGGAGAAAAUGGGUAGUUGCAGUGAUGGCAAAGGUGAGGUCGAUGCCCUACGUCCCAUCCCAUUUGAUAGACAGCUGGAAGAGGGGCCAGGUACGCAGCUUCCCCCGUCUUCAGGAGAGGGAGGGAAAAGCCUCGUUUUGCUGAAGACGGUAUAUUUGAAGGAAGGCGAGGAUGAUUUCGAGGGGGCUCCUUCUGCCCAUCAGCAGGGCAGCUUGCACACCUUGGCGCAACGAGAGGCAAGCAUCCUGCAUUCUUGGGAGGUGGUCCCACAGAGUGAAGCUGCAGAAGAGGAAAGCCUGGUGAUAAGUUUGCCGGAGGUUUUCUAUGCAAUCCAUGAAAUGGAAGGCGUGCACGCCCAAGGAAUGAAAGAAGUGCAGGUGUUAAAUCACGGAAGUGAAAGGUCAGCAGAGAAGACCCCGGACGCCCUUCAGGUUCAUAUGGAUAGAAGUAAAAAUGCAAUUUCAGCUGGUGGUAAGGACCAGCAGUUGCUUGUAGCCGAAGAAGACAGGAUCGGCCGUUCCCUUGCGAUGGAGGAGGCGGAACCUCUGAGCGGCAGAAGGAAAGGAGGUGCCACCCUGUGCCACAGCUCUGAAAACAAGGACCUGAACAACCUAGGGGAUGUGCUGCACCGUUGCAGUUUGUGCACGUUCGCCUGUUUCAGCGCGUCAGGCCUUCAUCGCCACGUGAAAAAGCACUCUGAGGAAAAGCCCCACCUCUGCCACCUGUGCCUUAAGGCUUUCCGGACCGUCUCCCUCUUGCGCAACCACGUGAACACGCACACAGGGACUAAGCCGUACAAGUGCAGCGAAUGCGACAUGGCCUUCGUGACCAGCGGCGAGCUUUCGCGGCACAGGCGGUACAAGCACACCCUCGAGAAGCCCUUCAAGUGCUCGUUCUGCAACUAUUGUAGCGUGGAGGCCAGCAAGUUGAAGCGUCACGUUCGCUCACAUACAGGAGAGCGUCCGUACAACUGCACUCUCUGCGCCUAUGCCAGCAGGGACACUUACAAGUUGAAGAGGCAUAUGGUCACUCACUCCGGUGAAAAACCCUUUGAAUGUCAGAUUUGCAAGGCUAGGUUCACUCAGGCUGGAACGCUGAAGUUCCACACGUUGCACAAACACGAGGAAAAUGUGCCCAAAUACCAGUGUCCGCACUGUAACACGUCUGUUGCCAGAAAGGGUGAUUUAAGAAUCCACUUGCGAAACCUUCAUUCCUAUAUCGAAGUGCCGCUGAAGUGCCGUUACUGCGAAAACGUCUUCCACGAGCGCUACGCUUUCAGACAGCACAAGAAGACCCAUACAAAUGAGAAGAGAUUCAGAUGCGACGAGUGCAGUUACGCAUGCAAGCAGGAACGCCAUAUGGUUAUUCACAAACGGACACAUACAGGCGAGAAGCCCUUCGUCUGCGUCUCUUGCAGCAAACGCUUUCGACAGAAACAGCUCCUGAUGGUCCAUUUCAAGAAGUACCACGAUUCCAGUUUUCAGCCAAGAGUGUACAAAUGCCCGAAAUGUGGCAAAGGCUAUUCUCGCUGGAAUAAUAUGCGCAAGCAUGCUGAAAAGUGUGGUGAGUUAAGGACUGUUCAACCUAGCAAAGGGAACAAGAAUACAAAGAAAGAAAACAAGGGGUCCAGCCGCAACACUCAAGAAGGAGGGGCUCCUUGUGUUAACUCUCAAUUCUACGCCCCUCGUAUCCCUGUCGGAACGUGGGAGAAAAAGGAAGUUGUUUUGGACGACGAGAAAACAGGAGUGACUUGUGAGAUGAUCUUCAACUCGAUGGACAAGUGAUGCGGUUAAACACCUCUUCUGUUUGCUUGCAAAUACAGCCACCUCCGAGGCAUUAAGCUCGAUUGGCGGAUCUGUAGAGCAUUAUCCCUUGAAGCUUGCUGAAACUGCCUAUGUUUUGCCAUUGUUCUGUUAAUGGCACGCAAGAAGUCAAGAGUAGGUUCGUGGAGGUAAAAUGCCCCUGUGAAAUCGUUCCAGAUAACUCUGG